AGCUUUAUGUUAUUAUUUCAUUACUCAUCACUUAUUUUGUUCACAACAAAGAAAAUAUAUUAUGAGCGUUAUAUGGUCCAUACGCAUUAACGAGAUUGUUAUAAUAAGUAUGUAAAGAGGACAGUGUGUAUUAAAAUGUAUUGCAGAUAAGGAACUAUAAUUAGUGCAAGACAAUCAUGGCCACAACCCUGAACGAUUCGCCAAAGUAUCGUAAUAGUUUAAUCUGCUGCAGCCCCAGGAGUGUCGAUGUGACUUCCAGAUCAUCGUCUUCCACAUCCGGAUGUGUCUCCGCUGACGAGAGUUACGAUUCAAACUACAUUCCGAAGUCUAUAGCGAAUAAGAAACUCAAAAUACACAGCUCAGCUACGAAAGAGGAAGUGGAGAAAGCUAUCAAUCAAUGCAAAGAGCUAGUUUUAAAUAGCCCACAGUGCUCCGAUGAACGCAAGUGGCUCGUGCGAUAUUUAGUUGAAUUGAGACUGCGUUUAGAAGAUUUAAAAGAAAACGACGGUCAACUGAGGUCUCGCGUGGCAAUUAAGGGUCACCACUUCGAACAACAGACAACGACUAGCAAUCGUAAACAAUACUGUGAUCAUUGCAGCGGGGUAAUAUGGAGUAUUGUUCAAAGUUCAUAUAUAUGUAAGGACUGCGGCUACAUUUGUCAUUACAAAUGCGUCGACGAUAUCUGUAGAGUGUGUGCGCAUGUUGUUAUGACAGAGAAGGGACAGUUCGAGAUGAAUAUAUGUCCAGAGAAAGGUUUAGCGGCACAGGAGUACAAGUGUGCGGAAUGCAAUACACCAUUAACAUUCAAAGACUCAUGGAAUGAGCCUCGUCUCUGUGAUUACACCGGGAUGUAUUUCUGUGGAACCUGUCAUUGGAAUGAUCUAUCCCCAAUACCGGCUAGGGUCGUCCACAAUUGGGAUUGGGAGAAAAGAUACAUAUCGAGACUAGCUUACCAGAUGCUGACAUUAUCUUGGUCUCGGCCCUACAUUGAUGUAGAAAAUGUUAAUUCCAAACUAUUUAGCUUCAUAGCUGAACUUGAAUGGGUGCAUAAGAUGCGGAAAGAUCUGGAAUGGAUGAAACGUUACUUGUGUGCUUGUAGUGAAGGCUCAAAUCUACUAUCACCGUUAUUUGUUCAGCUUGGUGAUGUCAACAGGAAAUACAGCAUGUCACAUUUACAAGCCAUCAACGAUGGCAGCCUCGAGACACAGCUAACGGAACUAACGGAAGUAUGCAGGUUGCACAUCACCAACUGCUCUUUAUGUUCAGGCAAAGGUUAUUUAUGUGAGGUAUGCGGCAACAAUGAGGUUUUAUAUCCAUUCGACAGCGGAGCAAUAAUGUGUGACAAGUGCAAUUCGAUGUACCACAGAGGCUGCUGGCUCAGGAAGGGGCAGAAUUGCUUGAAAUGUUUGAGGUUGGGAGAAAGAAAGAAAAAUAUUAACACCACAGAUGAUGUAGACACUAACCUAGAAUAUGAUAUCGAUAAAUUUGUUAAAUAAAGCCUUGUUAGCUUAAAAAUGUUGAUAGCAAUAAUUUGACCAACUUUACCGUGAUUUUAUGCUCUAAGAUUGAAUAAUUUUAAUAUAUGUUGGUGCUGUUACGAUCGGUUCAAAAAUUUUGGCUUUAACCACAACAAUUGCUCCAAUAUUUAUUUUUGCGUAAUGAAAUAAAUUACUACUGAAUUAA